AUGAAGAUACGCAGUGACUUUGGGGAUUUUCUUCCACGAGGUUCUGGAAUUGUAACAAGACGACCAUUGGUCUUGCAACUCAUCACUGCCAAAACAGAGUAUGCUGAAUUUCUGCACUGCAAAGGGAGGAAAUUUACUGAUUUUGAUGAAGUUCGUCAGGAAAUUGAAGUAGAAACAGAUAGAAUAACAGGAGUGAACAAAGGCAUUUCUUCAAUUCCUAUUAAUUUAAGAAUAUAUUCUCCACAUGUAUUAAGCCUGACUCUCAUUGAUUUGCCGGGAAUUACUAAAGUGCCAGUAGGGGACCAGCCUCCAGAUAUUGAGCAGCAGAUCAGAGACAUGAUAAUGCAGUUCAUCUCUCGAGAAAACUGUCUGAUACUGGCUGUGACUCCAGCUAACACUGAUCUGGCCAACUCAGAUGCACUGAAGUUAGCUAAGGAAGUGGACCCUCAAGGCCUUAGGACCAUCGGUGUGAUCACAAAAUUGGAUCUGAUGGAUGAAGGAACAGAUGCAAGAGAAAUUCUAGAAAACAAGCUGCUCCCUCUUCGUAGAGGCUACAUUGGUGUUGUAAACAGAAGCCAGAAAGACAUUGAUGGGAAGAAGGACAUAAAGGCAGCUCUUCUAGCAGAAAGGAAAUUCUUUCUUUCCCACCCAGCAUAUAGGCACAUGGCAGAUCGGAUGGGAACACCAUAUCUCCAAAAAGUUCUAAACCAGCAACUUACCAAUCAUAUUCGGGAUACCCUGCCAGCCUUCAGAAGCAAACUUCAGAGCCAGCUGCUUUCUAUAGAACAUGAAGUAGAGGUAUACAAAAACUUCAGACCAGAAGAUCCAACCAGAAAAACAAAAGCCUUGUUGCAGAUGGUACAACAGUUUUCAGUGGACUUUGAAAAAAGAAUCGAAGGAUCAGGAGAUCAGGUUGAUACACUAGAACUUUCAGGAGGUGCCAAAAUCAACCGUAUUUUCCAUGAACGUUUUCCUUUUGAACUAGUGAAGAUGGAAUUCAAUGAGAAGGAACUGCGGAGAGAAAUAAGUUAUGCCAUCAAGAACAUACAUGGUAUCAGAACAGGUUUGUUUACUCCAGAUAUGGCGUUUGAAGCCAUUGUUAAAAAACAGAUAGUCAAGCUGAAAGGACCUUGCUUAAAAAGUGUGGAUCUGGUGAUGCAAGAGUUAAUCAACACUGUCAAGAAGUGCACUAAAAAGUUGGCAACAUAUCCAAGGUUGUGUGAGGAAACAGAAAGAAUUGUUGCUGGCUACAUUCGUGAAAGAGAAGAGAAGACCAAGGAUCAGGUGCUGCUGCUGAUUGAUAUCCAGGUUUCUUACAUCAACACUAACCACGAAGACUUCAUUGGCUUCGCAAAUGCCCAACAAAGAAGCAGUCAGGUUAACAAAAGUGCAGUGGGAAAUCAGGGAACCAAUCUACCGCCUUCAAGGCAAAUUGUCAUCCGGAAAGGCUGGCUGACCAUCAACAAUAUUGGCAUCAUGAAAGGAGGAUCCAAGGAAUACUGGUUCGUUCUAACUGCAGAAAGCUUGUCCUGGUAUAAAGAUGAUGAGGAAAAAGAGAAGAAGUAUAUGCUUCCUUUGGACAACUUGAAAGUACGAGAUGUUGAAAAGAGCUUCAUGUCUAGCAAACAUAUCUUUGCAUUGUUUAACACAGAGCAGAGGAAUGUUUACAAGGAUUACCGUUUCCUUGAGCUAGCCUGUGACUCCCAAGAGGAGGUGGAUAGCUGGAAGGCAUCUCUGCUACGAGCCGGUGUCUAUCCUGAUAAAUCCUCAACUGAAAAUGACGAGAAUGGCCAAGCAGACAAUUUUUCAAUGGACCCCCAGCUGGAGAGACAGGUGGAGACAAUUCGAAAUCUUGUGGACUCCUACAUGUCUAUUAUCAACAAAUGUAUCCGAGAUUUGAUACCGAAAACAAUCAUGCAUCUUAUGAUCAAUAAUGUAAAGGAAUUUAUCAACGCAGAGCUCCUGGCUCACUUGUAUUCUUCUGAGGACCAAAACACUCUAAUGGAAGAGUCGGCUGAACAGGCGCAGAGGCGAGAUGAAAUGCUCCGCAUGUACCAAGCCCUAAAGGAAGCCCUAGCAAUCAUUGGUGAUAUCAGCACUAGCACUGUCUCAACCCCUGCACCCCCUCCUGUAGAUGACUCUUGGCUUCAGCAGGCCCGCAGAUCACCUCCUCCAAGUCCCUCAACUCAGAGGAGGCCUACAUUAAACAACCCCCCUACCAGACCUUUAUCUGGCCGAGGACCUGCUCCUGCAAUCCCAUCUCCAGGCCCUCAGUCGGGGGCUCCCCCGGUCCCCUUCCGCCCAGGACCACUGCCUCCUUUUCCAAGUGGUGGUGAAGCCCUUGGAGGACCUCCCCAGGUUCCCUCACGGCCGACCCGGGCUCCUCCCAGCGUCCCAAGGUAA